AUGUCGACGGCUUGCUCCUCAAUUCGAACAACAUUCCGAUACCUCACCGUUCGGAAUGCAUCACAUAAUACUCUUCGAGCAUUCGGAAGUGGUGGCAGAUAUUUACAUACAACAAAAGCGCAAAGUCUGAAAGAGAGAAUAGCAGAAUUAAUUCCUAUAAAACAAGAAGAAGUCCGCCAGGUCAAAAAGGAUCAUGGCUACAAGGCCCUCGGUCCCGUCACGGUAGACAUGGCUUAUGGAGGCAUGCGCGGCGUUAAAGGUCUAAUCUGGGAAGGCUCAGUUCUUGAUCCGGACGAAGGGAUUCGUUUCCGCGGUCUAACAAUACCAGAAUGUCAAACACUUCUCCCCAGGGCCCCUGGUGGCGAAGAGCCUCUUCCCGAAGGUCUUUUCUGGUUAUUAGCCACUGGCGAAGUUCCCACUGAAGAUCAAGUGAAACAUUUGUCUUUGGAAUGGGCUGGUCGGUCAGAUAUACCCAAAUUUGUCGAAGAGAUUAUUGAUCUUUGUCCAAAUACACUUCACCCUAUGAGUCAGUUCUCUUUGGCUAUCACUGCACUACAGCAAGAGUCUAACUUUGCAGCUGCUUAUCAGAGAGGAGUCAACAAGUCCGAAUAUUGGUCUUAUGCGUUCGAAGAUGCUAUGGACUUGAUUGCCAAGUUGCCAAAUAUCGCUGGGAGAAUUUACAGAAAUGUGUUCAAGGAUGGAAAGGUUUCGCCCAUCGAAAAGGACAGGGAUUAUUCCUAUAAUUUGGCAAAUGUGCUCGGAUUUACGGGAGAUCCCCAGUUUGUCGAGUUGUUGAGAUUGUAUUUGACUAUUCAUUCGGAUCAUGAGGGUGGAAAUGUAUCUGCACAUACUACGAGACUUGUCAGCAGUGCCCUCUCCGAUCCAUAUCUGUCAUUCGCAGCUGCUAUGGACGGGCUAGCUGGUCCGCUUCAUGGGCUUGCAAAUCAAGAAGUCAUCCGUUGGGUUCUCAAACUCCGUGACGAGAUCGGUGAAAGUCCAUCUGAUGAUACAAUAAAGAAGUAUGUCUGGGAUACGCUUAAAUCUGGUCAA